AGCCUUUACCUCACGGUGGGCUCUCUGUUCGUUACUAGCUUGGGACGGGUGGGGUCAUUACCAAUCCGCGUCCUUCCCUCCAUCAAAAUCCAAGACGAAAGGGAACAGAAGCAAAAUGCCACGAGAGGAGAGGAGAGGAGAGGAGAGGAGAGGAGAAUGCCGCACGUUCACACACGGAGGACACGUGUCGCCGCCGCGAUCACCUGCAUCUUCUUCCUCGUACUGCAGUGCGUGGUUGAUGCCCAUCCUCAGCCCCAGAUCAACUGCAGCAAAACAUGCGUUGCUCAGAAUUGCGACACUGUCGGUAUUCGAUACGGUAAGUUCUGUGGCAUUGGAUGGACUGGUUGCCCUGGAGAGAAACCUUGCGAUGCGCUUGAUGAAUGUUGCAAGCUUCAUGACGAAUGCGUUGGGAAAAAAGGGAUGACAGAUGUGAAAUGCCAUGAGAAGUUCAAAAGCUGCAUGAAGAAAGUACGUAAAUCUGGGAAGAUUGGGUUCUCUCAGGACUGCCCUUAUGAAACAGCCAUGCCGACGAUGAUGCAAGGCAUGGAUAUGGCCAUCUUACUCGGCAAGUUCGGCAACCGAAAUUUUGAAUUGUAUAAAGAUGACCACAAUCACUUGACUUGAACCUAUGUCUAAAAU